AGUCCAGCUGCAUUUUGUCCUCUCAGACCAAAUGGCGACGGCAGCAUCUUCUGGCUUGCAAAAUCUCCUCAAAGUCGGCACCAAGAUCAUCGGCGUUGGCCGGAACUACGCCGCUCAUGCCAAGGAGCUCGGUAACGCCGUCCCCAAGGAGCCAGUUUUGUUCCUGAAACCGACAUCUUCAUAUUUGCCAAGUGGGGGCACGAUUCAGAUUCCGCAUCCGUUGAAUUCUUUGGACCAUGAAGUUGAGCUUGCGGUCGUGAUUGGGAAGAAGGCUCGGGAUGUUCCUGAGAAAACUGCAAUGGAUUUUGUAGGAGGUUAUGCUUUAGCACUAGAUAUGACUGCAAGGGAAAUCCAGUCUGUUGCAAAGUCUUCAGGUCUUCCAUGGACAAUAGCUAAAGGGCAAGACACCUUCACUCCAAUAAGUUCUGUUCUACCACUAUCAACUGUGCCUGACCCUGACAACUUGGAGCUGUGGUUAAAGGUGGAUGGAGAAACACGUCAGAAGGGUUCCACCAAGGAUAUGAUUUUUAAGAUUCCUUAUCUUAUUAGCCACAUAAGUUCGAUUAUGACUCUUUUUGAAGGAGAUGUCAUAUUGACUGGUACUCCACAAGGUGUUGGUCCCGUGAAAGUAGACCAGAAGAUAUCUGCUGGGAUAACAGGUCUUCUGGACGUUUACUUCAAUGUUGAAAAACGUCAAAAAUCAAGAACUGGUUGAGUUCUAUCAAACUUUGAUAUUCUAGGAGGUUAUAUUGCUCUACUAAUUUCUUGUAUUCAUUCAUGUAUUUGGACUCUUGGAGUUCAACUUCAAUAGGUAUCUGGGCAGUUAAAGAAAAAACAAAGGAGAAACUUAGGAUAUAUUUCAAAUAAGGAUGAUUUACUUUACGAGAUGCAAAUCCAAUGAAGUUUAUAUGCAUCUCAACUUUUGAUCGAAGAGGAGAAUGCAACGAUUAAUUAUGGUUAAGUGAAUUUGAUUUGAGAAUGUCAUUAAUGGACAGAAUAAGUUACUAAAUGCAAA